AUGAAGCAAAUAAUUUUGUUUAUACUAGCCAUAUUUAUUUGUCAUACUCAUCACAAUGUAGGACUGUGCCAAAUGUGUACGAAUGACAUAUGUAGAAGAUGUUGUCAUCCUACAAAAAAUGGCUGCGAAAAUAAUUUUCAUAAAACGAUUAGGGGAAAUUAUCACAGCGACAGCGUUUACUGCAGUAUGUGUGAUUGCAGUAACCCAAGUAUAGGGUGUGGUUGGGUAGGAGACAAGUACGGGGAAGUUAUGUGCACGAGUUGCUCAUUUAUCAAUCAUGCCUCUGUCAAAAUAAAAUAUUUUGACAUAGUUGGCUGUGGACAUAAAAUGAAAAGGGGAAAUUUACUUAGUAGCACCUAA